AAAAAAAAAAAAGUUGAUCAGAAACUGACCAGGAAGUUCAGUUAUGGCCGAUGGGACAGCAGUAGAGUGACGGAGGAGUGUUGAUACCCGAGCUUCAUCCCCAGGACAUGUCAGAGUCUCUGUCAGCUUCCUCCUAAGGGAAAAUGGCGCAGCUGUUGCCAUCAUCUCUUGUUUUAGUUCUUGUUUUCAGCGCAACAGAUGUGAUCCUUUGUACAGAAAACAAUGGAUGUGUUGCCAGAAGCUUUGGCUAUGACUCUGUGGUGUGUGAGUGUAACUCCACCUACUGUGACAGUGUCGGCCCAGUCAGCCUGCCCCCUCUGGGUCAGUACUCCAGCUACCUGAGCAGCAGGGCAGGCAGCAGGAUGGAGGCAAGCCAGGGUCAGAUCCAGGUCAGCAGCAGUGGAGCAGGUCUCAGGCUGACGAUUCUUCCCUACCAGAAGUAUCAGAGGAUUAAGGGGUUCGGAGGAGCUAUGACGGAUGCAGCAGCCAUCAACAUACUUUCUCUUUCUGCUGGAGCACAGGAGCAGCUGCUGCGACAGUACUUCUCCAAAGACGGUAUCAGCUACAGUGUUGUGCGCGUCCCCAUGGCCAGCUGUGACUUCUCCACUCGCCUGUACACAUACGCUGACACACCUGGGGACUACGACCUGAAGAACUUCACUCUGGCCCAGGAGGACAUGAACAUGAAGAUCCCUCUGCUGCUGCGUGCCCAGGCCAUGUCUCCUUAUCCCCUCUCUCUGCUGGGCAGCGCCUGGAGCGCCCCCGCCUGGAUGAAAACUAAUGGUGCACUCACAGGAAAGGGUUCCCUCAAGGGCCAGCCAGGGGGCAAGGAGCAUAAAACAUGGGCUCAGUAUUAUAUCAGGUUCCUUGAGCAAUAUGCUAAAUAUAACCUAACCUUCUGGGCACUGACUACAGGAAAUGAGCCCACUGCAGGACGCAUGACAAACUACAGUUUCCAGGCUCUGGGUUUCACUCCUGAGGAGCAGAGGGACUGGGUCGCUCUAGACUUGGGCCCGGCCCUGCAGUCCUCAUCACACCCACAUUCACACAUCCUCAUACUGGAUGACAGCCGCCUGCUGCUGCCCCACUGGGCUAAAGUGGUUCUGAGUGAUGUUCAUGCAGCACGAUACAUUCAUGGCGUGGCAGUGCACUUUUACAUGGACGGUCUCGUCCCUGCAGGGACAAGCCUGGGAGCCACCCAUCAACUCUACCCAGAGUAUUAUCUGUUUGGCACAGAGGCCUGCGCGGGCUGGGGUCCACUGGACCGCGGAGUGAAGCUGGGAAGCUGGGACAGGGCGGAAAAAUACGCACAUGACAUUAUAGAGGACUUAAAUCACUACGUUGUGGGCUGGACUGACUGGAACCUGGCGCUGGACCUGACUGGCGGACCAAACUGGAUCAAGAACUUCGUGGACAGCCCCGUCAUAGUGGAUGCAAAGCGGGACGUCUUUUACAAGCAGCCGUCUUUCUACGGCAUGGCCCAUUUUAGUAAGUUCCUGUGGGAGGGGUCACAGAGGGUGGGGGUGUCCACUAGCGGAAAGACGCAAUUGGAGUUCUCUGCCUUCGUCAGACCAGAUGGCUCCGUGGUGCUCAUCGUUCUCAAUAGGUCUUCAUCCACCAUCCAGUUUGAGGUCUGGGAUCAGGGCGUGGGCUACAUUCCCUGCACCGCUCCGGCCCAUUCCCUGCUUACAGUUGCUUGGAACACACACUGAACUUUAAAAAUAAUGCGCUUCACAACCAAGCAACAAACUGGUACCUUUUCAUUAGGGUCUGCACCAUUUACAAGCCAGCACACUUAGCAGCUCAAGAAGAAUGCCAGAAACUGUACUCUUAUGUGGAUCUAUAUAGGUUGUGUUCUGCGUUGUGCAUUAACUGGCAAGUGAAUGGGGGUAUUUUGAAAUCUUUGGUCAACUAUUCAGUGCAAAGACUCACAGAACUGGGGGCGGAUUUUUUUUCAUGUCAUAAUUUCAUUUGCUUGUUUUCACAAUUCUGCUAAUUUGAGAUGUUGCCACACUGUGGGGCCCACUGCGUACCAUCCCAGCCGACAUUUACACAUGGGGCCUGAAAAAUAGAGAUCGACCACCAGUUACAUCUGGGCUCCAUGUUGAUGCCUUUGCAGAUUUAAUACAGAAUAGCUCUGGGUAAAAAGUGGGAUGGGUAUGGGUAUUGAAUAAUUUGAACUAGUUUUCUUUUUGCAGUUGAGACCUGCAUCGUGUUGCUGAUAAAGGCUAUAUUUUGUCAACCCAAGUGGAUCUCAUUCAGGAAGUCUUUACUGAGAGCCCAGGCAAACCCAUAUAUGUGGCCUCUAUACAUGUUAACUGCUGUUCAGUGACCCAGCCAAGGCGUCGAGUUGGUUCAGGGCUAUCUACGUCGAUUAGCCGAGGUUUUUAAAUUGGACAUUCACAACAGCAAUAGAUCUACAAAUAACUGCAUUCUAACACAGCUUUACAUCUACAGUGAGCACUGAAGACAAAGCCAUUCAUCUGAUCGCACCCAUGGGUUAAGGUCUGUGAUAAAUUCUCCAAGGUGGGGUCACAAUGUCAAUGGGCCAGUCUUUUGAUGCCCCAAACCAUAGGACCUGUUUAUGCAUGUACAUGCAAUGAAAAUAACUGACAUUAAGAAACUUAGAUGCUUUGGGCUUUUCCUGUCUCAGGUAGUUGAUAAAGUAACAAAAUGUCCAUUUAUCACUAUCACUGAAAACCAGUAUUAUUAAAAUUGAAGUUUUAAAAUCCUCCUUUGCACCAAUUUCACCUCUAGCUAGUUUAUAUGCCAGCGACUGGAAAAGAAGCAGACCCCUUAUCAGUUUUAAUGUACACACAUUUGUUUUUUUAUGCAAUAAUUUUGACCAAUUAUUUAAAUAACUACAAAUAAAACCUCAACACAUUUUGAGUUUCUAAAAGUAUAUAUUAACCAGUUCUAAGCAACAGCAAUACCUGGAAGUGAUAAUUCACAAGAUUAACUUGAGCUGCAGCCCCGCUGGUCCCUCGUGGCGCUACAGGGACUUUUCUGAUGAACAGAGCUUGUUAAGGCCGUCUCACUUUGGUAUUAAAAAGGUGACGUUUCAUUGUAAAUAAAACACAUUGUUCGAAAUGUUUCUUAAUCCACUAUUAAAUGCACUGCGAGCAAGCAAA